AUUGUGGGAAAUCCUUUGCAAGGAGGAGCAAUGUCAUCAGACACCAGCAGCAUCACUGCAACAUGACAAGAGGUACGGUGAGCCAGCAAGGACAGACAGAGCAGGACACGUAUUCAUGCAACAAAUGCAGCCUGACCUUUCGUACUAAACGGCACUGGAAGCUGCAUGCGUGCGUUCACAAAGAGAACACUAAAAACCACGAGGGUAAAGAAACAUCUGAAGAGACUCCACGAGAAAGAUGUCACACCUGCGCGCAGUGCAAUAGGAGCUUCUACUUGCUGCACACGCUUCGGCAGCACCUCCUCACUCACACUGGAGAAAAAUCUUUCAGCUGCAAGGUGUGUGGAAAGCAGUUUGGGAGAGAAGGAACUCUGAAGGAGCACCAACUGAUCCACACCAAGGAGAAACCAUUUAAAUGUGAGCAAUGUGGCAAGACCUGCGCCAGAAGGGGAGACCUCAAAAUACACAUGCUAAGUCACUCUGAAGAGAGACCGUACAGCUGUAGCUACUGUACAAAAAGCUUUAAGCAGUUGGUAAAACUGAAGCAGCACGAGCGCAUCCACACAGGGGAGAAACCAUACCAGUGCAAGCUGUGUUCAAAGCACUUUCGACUCCAGGUGUCUCUGGCGGCACACCAAUACACCCACACAGGAGAGAAACCCUUCAAGUGCACCCUGUGCCCCAAGGCCUUCAGUGUCAGAAACAACUUGAAGAAGCACCAGAUGUUACACACUGGGGAAAAACCAUACAGCUGCUCAUACUGCGGCAAGAGCUGUCGUCUCCUGCAGCAUCUGAUUAUCCACGAACGUGGUCAUACAGGAGAGAAACCAUACACAUGUGACAAGUGUGGGAAAGGUUACUCCCAUCUGUCCGCUCUGAAAACUCACCAGUCCCGUCACAAGGAGAAACCUCCAUGCUGCUCCCUGUGCGGGCAGGAGUUCGGGGAGCUGGCAGAGCUGACCUACCACGAGUGCGUGGAGACAGCAGCGAAACCACACCGCUGCUCCGAGUGCGGCAAGUGCUUUUCUCAGGCUGUAAACUUAAAGAAACACAAGGUGAUCCACUCUGGAGAGAAACCGUAUGACUGUAAAGAUUGCGGGAAGCAAUUCAACCACAAGAGUAAUCUCACUAAACACGUACGCAUCCACACAGGUGAGAAGCCCUUUGAGUGUGAACAUUGUAAGAGGUGCUUCAGGCUCCUGCAGCACCUCACAAAUCACCGAUUAACACACUACAAGGAAGAGACUUUGGAUCAGAGACUUUGA